UAUACAGGAAGUAAACUGAGAUUUAGCGUAGAUCUGGUGCAAUAUGGUGUUACUCGAAAAUGAUGCGUUUCUAAAUGAGCUAACGAAGCUGUUUCAGAAGUCCAGGACGACUGGUUCUGUCUACCUAACAAUGAAAAAGUACCAUGGACAAGUGAAGCCAAAACCUAAAGCCAGUAAAUCAGAUGGAUCACAUGACCACCAAGAACAUAAAUGUUUAGUCAGAGCUACAAACGGAAAGAAAAAAAUUACUACAGUAAUUAGUUCAAAAGAUGUCAAUAAAUUUCAGAUGGCUUAUGCAACAGUUUUAAAAGCCAAUGUGGACAGUUUGAAGAAACGUGAUAAAAGUUCAAAGGGUAAAGGCAAUAAGUCAAAAGCAACUCAGUAACAAGAUAAACCUUGAUGCGUUACACCAAAGACACAGACAUUUAGGUACAUAGUGUUUCAAAAGAACAGUUCAAUGCACAAACUUUGUUUACAUUCAUUUCAUUCGGAAGACUGCAUAAAAGCUAUGUUUUUAAUUUUGAUUAUUUUUAAGUUUAAAUAAAUUUACAAAUAGUAAAUUGAAAAUCGUUAUGAAAUUUUGAUUGAUACAAGAAUCAUUUUAGCCCAGACCCGCAAAUGUCAGUUUUGUAAAUACAUCUGCAGAAUAAUAAAUAACUAGCAUAUCGGUA